GGAGCAUCUUUUAUCAUGCUAGCUAAAAUUAUGAAAUAAAGCUAUCACCAUAUACUUUUCGUUCACGACUCAUCUCGACUCAAUUUCAAACGGAGUCGAAACGAAAAGAAAGCAAAGAUUAAAGCUUUUUGCUCAAACUUGUUCGAGCAAAUUGCAGAAGUUGGUUGCCGACUUCCAUCAAUUAAAUGGGCGUCAAUGGGUUUGAAAUCCGUAUCACGUUUAGAUGAAUAACUUCGAAAAUAAACAAAUCUGCAUUUAUUGCCAAGUAUGGCAUCGCCAAAUCUUGAAUAAACGCGUGUAUAUAAAAACCAGCCUACUUUUAUUCUCAACGCGGCGAAGAGCUUCGGAGAUCGAUGGAAGAUUUUGGAGGCUUAAUCGGGCUGAGACGGGCUUUCCGUGCCGGAAAAACGAGGGGAAUCGAUUGGAGAACGGGCCAGCUUCGGGCCCUCUUGAAGCUCAUCGCAGAAAACGAGGCCCGAAUCUUCGAAGCUCUGGACCAAGAUCUCGGCAAACACCCAGUUGAAGCUUAUCGAGAUGAGAUUGGAGUGGUGAAGAAAUCAGCAUCCCACGCUUUGCUACACAUCAAGAAAUGGAUGGCUCCAAAAAAGGGCCAACUUCCAUUGCUUUUGUUUCCAUCAAGAGCACAAGUGUUGCCCGAGCCACUCGGGACUGUACUCAUAUUUGGGUCGUGGAAUUUUCCGAUUAGUCUUACAUUGGACCCGUUAAUUGGGGCUAUAUCUGCUGGAAACACGGUGGUAAUGAAGCCCUCCGAGCUAGCUCCAGCAUGCUCGUCUUUGCUUUGUGAAACGAUCCCUCUAUACUUGGACACCGAAGCCAUUAGAGUCAUUGAAGGUGGAAGUGAUGUUGCUGAGAAACUUUUGCAGCAACAAUGGGAUAAAAUAUUCUUCACAGGGAGUCCACGAGUUGGCCGGAUAAUCAUGUCUGCAGCAGCUAAGCAUUUGACGCCGGUGACUCUAGAGCUCGGUGGGAAAUGCCCCGUCAUCCUCGACUCCUUCUCCGAGUCGGACUUGAAGGUCGUCGUGAAGAGAGUAGCCGGAGGGAAGUGGGGACCGUGCGCGGGACAGGCCUGCAUCGGGAUUGAUUAUCUGCUCGUGCAACAGAAGCUAGCUCCGCAUCUGAUCGAAUUACUCAAGGCGUGCAUCAAGAAUUUCUACGGUGACAACGUGAAGAGCUUGCAAAGCAUCUGCAGAAUUGUGAACAAGAAUCAUUUCAAUAGGAUAUGCAGCCUUCUCGAGGAGCCCGGUGUGGCAGCUUCCGUUGUUUAUGGCGGCUCACUUGACAGAGAGAAUCUGAUGAUCGAGCCCACGAUUCUGCUGGAUCCCCCGGUGGAUGCUUUGAUCAUGACUGAAGAGAUCUUCGGGCCGUUGCUUCCCAUCAUCACACUCGAUAAAAUCGAAGACAGCAUCGAUUUCAUCAACGCUCGACCAAAGCCUCUUGCUAUCUAUGCAUUCACUCACAACAAGAAACUGAAAGAUCAAAUUCUGCAAGAAACUUCAUCAGGAAGUGUGACAUUCAACGACACCAUGAUUCAGUUCAUAUGUGAUUCGCUGCCGUUUGGAGGGGUGGGGCAGAGUGGCUUCGGGAGGUACCAUGGGAAGUACUCGUUCGACACAUUCAGCCACGAGAAAGCCGUGCUGCAUCGGACCUUCUUCCCGGAACUCGAGCCUAGGUACCCUCCUUGGAAUGACUUUAAGCUGGAGUUCAUAAGGUUGGCUUACAAUCUUAAAUAUGUUGACCUAUUGCUUCACAUGUUGGGUCUGAGGAGAUACACGUCGAGCCGAUCACGCUAGGGGACCGUGAAAGAAAGAGUUAUGAAGACAAAAAGAGAAGCCAUAGGAAAACUUUGAGAAGUGUGCUCUGUUAUUUCAUUUCACUCUAUGUCAAGAAGAACCAUAUAAAUAUGCAACUACCGAAGAUACUAGAAUAACAAGCCAACCCUAAUUAUGCAAUGGAACAGUACCAUGCAUAAAGUAACAAAAGCAUAACCACCGGUUGUAACUUUUCAUAACAAGAUCACCGUGCUAUUCUUUCACCAUUAAUCCACUGCUCAUCUUUUCUCUA